AUGAGUGGUUUUGAGAGGCGCAGUGCCCAUGGCCACGGCAGCUACAUUUUGAACCAGCAGAUUUCCCUACCCAUUUCUUAUAACCAGGGAGAGAACCACGAAUACGGGAGCAACGGAACCUCCUCGUACCAUAUGCCCCAGAAUUCCUACAACAUGUAUCACCAGUGCAGUCUGACAUACGACCAGAAUGGAGUACCUUCUAGCAUCAGUGAACCAUCUUCGCAUCCAGUUCUGCCCACUCCUGAACAUGAAUUCAUACAGCAUGGAUCCUCGCAAUGCAUGCCCCAGGCGCGGUACCUAGAGUCCCCACGAUAUUUAUUCCUUCGUGAAGCAACGAAUGAAACCGAGAUAGAGAGCCAAGAAUCUCUGAACGAAAACAAAAUGCUAUCGGAGCCUGUUAUUCCCCCGCUAGAAGGCUUCCCCGGCGUGAGGGAAUUUGACCAAUUGAUACGAAGGUAA